AUGUCUAGCCCUUCAAAGGUGUUCAAUAAUCCUCUGUCAAGCCCAACGAAAGCGCUGAACCCUCUGUCACCAGAGCGCCUGAAUCAGCAGGCGUUUCCCAACUCACCAACGUUACCUAAUGACGUACGCAAUAUGCAACGGAAACCUAGAGGUUUAUCAGAAGUCCAAGCCAAGGUUGCGUAUUUGAACAAUUUAUCGCGAGGGAACAGUCCAGCAGCGCCUUCGACACAGUCAUCUGCCGGAAACUCGGCGGCUCUUCAACGUGCUAUCCUAGGUCGUGAGGAGGCGGAGUCCGCACUGGUCAAUGUUUCUGCUCAACUCUCAGAAGCCCAGUCUCGUGAGCGUCGCAUCAGUGAGAGACUCGAAUCGUUGCUCGAAGAAUUACAAACCGCAAAGACACGACAAGCCCAUGAAAGAGCAGUGUUUGAGAAGGAAAUACGGAAGGCGAGAAAAGAGGCUUUUCGGGCAGGGUCUGUAUUGGUAAAAGCUCAGGAAGAAUUAAAACAGGCGAGAUCUGAGGCCAAGGUAUUAAAGGAUGAGGUCCAGUCAGAACGGGAAGCGAAGGAAAAGGCGAAGCAGGAGGCGUUCGAGCGCGCGUACACACUCGCGGGUCUGAUGGAGGAAAUGGAGGUAUUGAAAGGACGCUUGCGAGCGGCAGAAGCAAACAGCCAUGCGGAUACUCUAGAAGCACGUGCCCAGGAUAUGCACAAAGGAGAUGUUGGAAGACUAUCACUAGCAGAAGGCGACCUUGCAUUCCUCCAAACGCCUACCCCUCGAAGACCGAAACGAUCUGCAGAAGAAUCCGACGACACGCCAUUGCAAGGCCGUUUCAACCAUUCUGUUGCCCAAGAUACUCCUCCAAAGAGGCCAAGGGUCUCCGAUGUUACACCUCGGAACGAAAUCCGAAAUUUGGAUUUGCCGGAAACGAAAGGCGACGAUAUUCACAAAUUACAAAUACAAUUAGAAUCCGAACGACAGCUGAGGGUCGACGCAGAAGAUAUGAUAGAGUUCCUGAAGGUGGAAUGCAUGUUCAAACGAUGCACUUGUCGUAUCGAAGAAGAGCGAGAAAAGAGCCAUAUUCAAGAUACGACACAACACGCAACCAAAAAACCCGAUGGUUCCGACGAAAACAUCGACAAAGAUGAACAUGCAGGCGCCAAACCGCAUGUUGAAAACUCUCCCGGUAAAAGUUCUGGUCAUUCUAUCGAGUCCGCUGAAGAACCAGAACCAGAAGAUCAGCCACAGCCAGAGGAAACUACCAUAACAUUCUCACCUGCCACUGGAACUUUUCAUACAAUUCCAUCUCCUGUCCGAAGGUCACCAACGAAAAAGCUGGAGCAUGAUAUUGUAGAGCUUCCUCAGCUUAUCACUGAGAACCGAUCGAUCCCCCAGCCACAGGUCACUAGCCCACUUGCGAAAUACGACGUACCAUGGGAUGAGACACCUUUUGAACCAGUUCAUAAGAUCCAAGCCUGUGCUCCGCUCUCCCCCUCUAAGGUCCGUCCUUCACCCGCUACUAGCGACGUGCCAUGGGACUCUGAAGUACCUGAGCAGCAUCGGUUCGAAGGCAAUGUUGAUGGACAUGAUAGCAUCAGGAGAAUACCAUUGCGGAAUGAAAGCGUGGAACCAGACCACUUGCUUGGUGUCCCGGGAACGCCUAUCGACCGAGAGGAAGCCCUGGCACAAAUCCGGGCAAGGAGGGGUCGAACCAACAAUAUGAAGAGAUCUGUCAGUGCCAACGAAAGUACGUUACGCGCUGGUGGCAUGGGUGUGACUCCUGUUAGAGCAGCGCGUCGGAUUCCUGCCGUUCAGAAUCCAGAUGGAAGGUACAGUGAGAUACGCAGUCGAAGGGACAUGAGUGCGCCAGUCAGGAUGUUCCACCGGUAA